AAGUGCGAGAAGUAACGUGGUUUCCUUAGCAACCUUUCGUCAGUUUUACUAGUAGCUGCCAAACCGAGGGAACAUUUCCCGGACACAUCCAAAAUUCAGACCCUUCGCCGUUUGCUGUGCACUCUGACAACGUACAAAAUGUCCAGCCCCAAAGCCGACAUCGCCCUGAUCGGUUUGGCCGUGAUGGGACAGAACUUGAUCCUGAACAUGGACUCGAAAGGAUUCGUCGUCUGUGCCUACAAUCGAACAGUUGAUAAGGUAACCCAUUUUCUGGCGAAUGAAGCUAAGGGCACCAAGAUCAUCGGUGCCACCUCGCUGCAGGAUAUGGUGAACAAGUUGAAGAAACCCCGCAAGAUCAUGCUGCUGGUCAAAGCCGGUAGUGCGGUAGAUGAUUUUAUUAAACAGCUUCUGCCGCUGAUCGAACGCGGCGAUGUGAUCAUCGACGGUGGCAACUCGGAGCAUCAGGAUUCGGCCCGCCGUUACGAGGAGCUGAAAGCCAAGGGCAUCCUGUACGUCGGCUCGGGAGUGAGCGGUGGAGAGGAGGGAGCCCGCUACGGCCCGUCACUGAUGCCGGGCGGACAUCCGGACGCGUGGCCAUUGAUUAAAGACAUUUUCCAGGCCAUUUGUGCGAAAUCGAACGGUGAUCCGUGCUGCGAAUGGGUCGGCGAAGGCGGUGCCGGUCACUUUGUCAAGAUGGUACACAAUGGAAUCGAGUACGGAGACAUGCAGCUGAUCUGUGAAGCGUACCACCUGAUGCUGGCACUGGGCAUGACGCAGAAGGAGAUGGCGCAGGAGUUUGACGAGUGGAACAAGGGUGUGCUGGACUCGUUCCUCAUCGAGAUCACGCGCGACAUUCUCAACUAUCGCGACGACGAAGGAUACCUGCUGGAGCGGAUCCGUGAUACGGCCGGGCAGAAGGGUACGGGCAAGUGGACGGCCAUUGCAGCCCUACACCACGGUGUUCCGGUGACGUUGAUCGGUGAAGCCGUCUUCUCGCGGUGCCUGUCGGCCUUGAAGGAGGAGCGAGCGCGUGCGAGCAAACAGCUGGCCGGCCCCAGCACGAAACCGAGCGUCGCCGACCGGAAGCAGUUCCUUACGCACAUCCGAAACGCCCUGUAUUGUGCGAAGAUUGUGUCGUACGCGCAAGGUUUCAUGUUGCUGCGUGAGGCCGCCGAUGAGUACAAGUGGAACCUGAACUACGGUGGCAUUGCACUGAUGUGGCGCGGUGGUUGCAUCAUUCGCAGUGUGUUUCUGGGCAACAUUCGGGACGCUUUCGUACGCAACCCGCAGCUGUCGAACCUGCUGCUGGACGAUUUCUUCCGCAAGGCCAUGCUGGACAAUCAGCAGUCGUGGCGCGAGGUCGUCAGUCGGGCCGUGCUGUGGGGCGUUCCGGUGCCGGCCCUAUCGGCGGCUCUGGCGUUCUUCGAUGGGUACCGAUCGGAGCGAUUGCCUGCGAACUUGCUGCAGGCGCAACGUGACUACUUCGGUGCACACACUUACGAGCUGCUUGGCAAGGAAGGAACGUUCGUUCACACCAACUGGACCGGCAAGGGAGGCAACGUGUCCGCCAGUACCUACUUGGCCUAACCGUCCCCGUUUGGCUCGUCAUUUCCACCGGUCGUUUGGCAAGUGGGUACGAACGUCGUUCGCAACCGUGGCCUCUGAACCAGUUAUUUAUUGUUGAUGUUGUUUUUAACCGUAUUUUCCGUUUUGUAAUAAACAAAAAGUGUUGACAUCAAGCAU